GGAAGGUGUUAAGAUAUACAUAUGCUAAGCAAAGUCCCUCUGAGGCAUAGCACAUUAGGCUUAAUAAUGGCGAAGGCCACUCCUUCAAAGGCUUUGGUUAUUAGAAUCAACUUGGUUUUUCUUGCUUUCUUUCUUGUUAUCUAUGCUGCCCUUCUUCUCCGGCCUUCUUCUUCAGUCUAUUUUGAGAAUGAAGCUUCCCUUGUUAGGUGCUCGUUGCACGAUUGCCAUCACAAGAUGGAAACCCGUGUUAAGAUGAAGGCAGUCUUGGAAGAGACUGCAAUCAAUACACCAAAGCCAAGAGGAAACAUGACUAAGAUUGAAGUGCCAAGCUUCAUGAAAAAUAUGGGUAAAGGAAUGAAGAUUGGAAUGGUCAAUAUGGACGAAGAUGAUGAUGUUAGCGACUGGAAAAAACAUGGGGAGACUAUACCUAUCCAUUUUGAAAGAGUCUCUGAAUAUUUUAAAUGGAAAGAUUUAUUUCCUGAAUGGAUUGAUGAAGAGGAAGAAAAUGAAGGCAUGUCAUGCCCAGAGAUACCAAUGCCAGAUUUUAAAGCAUACGAUAAUAUGGACAUAAUAGUGGCCAAAUUGCCAUGCAAGUACCCUCAGGAAUUGUGGAAUAGAGAAGUGUUUAGGCUUCAAGUUCAUCUUAUAGCAGCAAACUUGGCAGUCAAGAAAGGGAGGGGGGAUUGGAGUUGGAAGACUAAAGUUUUAUUUUGGAGCAGGUGCAGGCCAAUGCUGGAGCUGUUUCGAUGCAAUGACUUGGUGAGACAGGAAGGUGAUUGGUGGCUCUACGAGCCAGAGAUGUGGAGGCUGGAACAGAAGGUUUCAUUGCCAAUUGGGUCUUGCAAGCUGGCUUUGCCUCUCUGGGCAGAAGGUAUCGAUGAAGUCUACGAUCUGUCAAAGAUACAGAGCACUGCAAGAAGAACGAGACGAGAAGCCUAUGCCACGGUUCUCCAUUCCUCGGAAUCCUACGUUUGUGGAGCCAUAGCCCUCGCCCAAAGCCUCCGCCAAACAGGCACAAAGCGCGACCUUAUCCUUCUCCUCGACAAAUCCAUUUCCCAACCCAAACGUGAAGCCCUCGCCGCCGCCGGCUGGAAGAUCCGACUCAUCAAAAGAAUCCGGAACCCUCGAGCCGAGAAGCACUCAUACAACGAGUACAACUACAGCAAGUUCAGGCUAUGGCAGCUCACGGAUUACGACAAGAUCAUUUUCAUAGAUUCAGACAUCCUCGUUUUACGUAAUCUUGAUAUCCUCUUCCACUUCCCUGAAAUGACUGCCACAGGAAAUGAUAUUUGGUUCUUUAAUUCUGGGAUUAUGGUCAUUGAACCUUCAAAUUGCACCUUCAAAAUUUUAAUGAACCAUCGUAACGACAUUAUCUCCUACAAUGGUGGCGAUCAAGGGUUCCUUAACGAGGUCUUUGUCUGGUGGCACAGGUUACCAAAAAGAGUCAACUUUCUGAAGAACUUUUGGGCUAAUACUACGCUUGAGGCAAGUGUCAAGAACGAGCUAUUUGGAGCAGACCCACCAAAAGUUUAUUCAAUUCAUUAUCUGGGGUUCAAACCUUGGAAUUGUUUCAGAGAUUAUGAUUGUAACUGGAAUAUUGGAUAUCAAAGAGUUUAUGCAAGUGAUGUUGCACAUAAAAGAUGGUGGAAAUUUCAUGACGGGAUGGAUGAGAAUUUGCAAAAGCUUUGUGGGUUAACAAAACAGAGAAAGUUAGAGUUGGAUUGGGAGAGAAGGUUGGCUAGAAGGAGUGGGUUCAGUGAUGAGCAUUGGAAGAUAAACAUUACAGAUCCCAGACUUAAACAUUUGAUUUAGAGAAAUUGUAACAGAUGAUAAAUUUUUAUUUGUCUCCCAAAUUAUUUAAUUUUCCUUUUCCUUUUCUUAAU